CCUGGGACUUUCUCCCCACACUGGCUUUGGGCCGACCCCCUAGUGGACGAAUCCGGCGACCUGCCCAGGUGUGGGAGGCCCAGGCUUGGCUCCUCUCAGCGCUCUCGCGGGCCCUCAAGCCGCGUCUCGACCCUCACGCGCCCUAGUCUGUGCUCCGCCUCGCAGUCUGGCCCUCGCAGACCUCCCUUCUCCUUUGGUAGCUGCCUUGCCGUCUCGACCUCGACCUCGGGGACAUCAGUCGUUGCACUCCCAGCACACCGUGUGACCUACGAGCUCUCUCUGCCCCUGCGGGAGUACCUACUUGGGUCUCCACAGGCCUAGGCAGCCCUGCGCCCUCCCCUGGGAGUGAGUGACACAUCCAGCCGCUUAACCGCUGGGGGCCGCCGGGUGUCUUGGCCCCGGGGGAAGGAAAGAGCACCACUCUGCCUCCGCCUUCUCUAUCCUCUUCCAUACCCCGGCUGUUCCUCCUCCCUCUUCUUCUCCACCUCGUUCCUCUUCUUCCUCCCUUCCUCCCUUCCCUUCCUCCUCCCUCUCUCCUCCUCCCCUCCCCAACUCCAUCCUCCUCCCUCUUCUUCUAGCCCCAUUCCUCCUCCUCCCUCUCCCUCCUCCUCCCUCCCCCCUUCCUCUUCUCCCUCCUCCUCCUUUCCUGUCCUCCCCCCUCCUCCUCCCUCCCCUCCUCCCUGCUCGGCUCGCUCACUCUCGCGCUGGCUGGAGGGGCGGCCGGCAGCUGGCGCUGGCCGAGGCGGCGGCGGCGGCGGCGGCGGCGGCGGCGGGAUGGGACGCGCGCUGGGGCACAGGAGCCGAGGCGCCGGCGGGGGCCGCGCAACUCGGGCCAAGUGCCGGGCGGGCGCGCGCUGAGCCCGGGCGCCUUCUGCAGCCGGCGGCCGAGCGCCGAGCCGAGAGGUGCGGGAGGCGGCGGCGCAGGAGCGAGCGGAGCCCGGCGCCGGCUCCCCGGAGGACCAUGCGGGCCCCGGCCGCGUCGCUCGGGCUGCUGCUGGCGCUGAGCGCGCUCCGCUGCGCAGAGAGCACGGGUCGAGGCGUUGCCGACAGCCUGCAGAGGUUUUCUUCCCUGCCUGCCUAUCUCCCAGCCAGCUUCCAGGUCUCUGACGCAGAAGAGGCGUUCUCCCUCAAAGAGGCCAACCAGGACCUCAUGCGCAACGCCAGCCUGCAGGCCCGAUCCGCCACCCUCUUCAUCCACCGAGCCCGGAGCCCUCCUGCCAUCAACGCCAGCUACGGCCCCUUCUCCGUGGAGAAGGCGGUGCCCUGGGACUUCCUGCUCUCGCCCACCCCUUUUGGAAAUAUGGAGAGGUUCCCUUUCAACUGGAGGCUCAAGUCCCACAUCCUCGACAGCUCCAUCUUCUCCAACAGACCCAAAGUGCAGACGCUGUUCUAUGUCACCGGCAUGGGCUGGGAUGACAGUGACCCUGGGGACGAUCUCCCCUGUGUCAAGAUGUUCGCCUUCCCAGAGGCCAGGGAGGUGGCAGCCAGCUGCCGGCUGCGGGGGGCCCCCGGGCUGUGCGUGGCGGAGCUGGAGUUGCUGCCUGAGUGGUUCAGCUCGGGUCUGGACCUGGAGCCCGAGGAGGAGAUCCCGGCCUUGCUGGGUGGCACGGCCAUGGAGCUCUUCUUUGCCCUUUAUCCAGCCAACGAGGCCGGUCAGUGCCCACUGGAAGAGGAGGGCAAAUGGGAAAAUAACAUCCACUCAGAACAGGAGGAGCUUCAGCCCAUGCUCCCCGCCCGGGAGAGGAUCGGCAGCGUGGUGGUCUACCCGACCCAGGACGACCUGAGGUGGUCCCUGGUGAACCUGGAUGACAAUGUCGCCCUGUCGAUCCCCCUGAACCUCAUCCGAGAAGGAGACACCGCCACCUUUUUGGUUUCUCUGACCGGUGGUUCUGUGGCAGACCAGUUCACUCUUCGAAUCAAGGCGGCCUCGGGUGUGAAGAUAACGGCAGUGCGGGUGAGCCACGAGGACCAGUGGGCAGUGCAGGAGGAAAUUGAGGAGGACGGUACCCAGACCACGGCUGCCCUGUCCUGCGUGGGCCACCGCCCGGACACACGGAGCAGGGCAAAUGGCUCCGUCUAUGAGAUUCUGCAAGUGGACUUUGGAGUGGACAACAGCAGUGGCCUGGCCGGGGCCCAGCAAAUCACCUGGCAGGUAGAAUAUCCAGUUGAAGACUCCAUGAGCGAGCUCUUCGUCUCUGAGAUCUUCAUCAGCCAGACCACCUUUGUGGGCAUCGUCCCUCUCGCCAUGGACACAGAAGUUUUGAACACCGCCAUUCUCACAGGAAAGCCCGUCUCGGUUCCCGUCAAGGUCGUGGGGGUUCAGGAAGACGGAUCUGUGGUGGACGUUUUGGACUCUGUGGAAUGCAGGUCGGCGGAUGAAGAUGUCGUGAAGGUCUCCAACACCUGUGAUUCUAUCUUUGUGAACGGGAAGGAGAUGAAGAGCAAAGUGGGCACGAUCGUGAACUUCACGCACCAGCACUUCACUUCCCAGGUGGAGAUCACCGUCUGGGUGCCCCGGCUGCCACUGCAGAUCGAGGUCUCAGACACAGAGCUGAGCCAGGUCAAAGGCUGGAGGAUCCCGGUGGCUUCCAACAGGAGGCCCACACGAGAGAGCGAUGACGAGGAGGACGAGGAGAAGAAAGGACGUGGGUGUACCCUGCAGUACCAGCAUGCCUUGGUGCGCGUCCUCACCCAGUUUGUGACCGAGUCACCUGACCUGGGUCAGCUGACCUACAUGCUGGGUCCUGACUGGCAGUUUGACAUCACUGACUUGGUAACCCAGUUUGUGAAGGUGGAGGAACCAAAGAUCGCCCAGUUACAGGAUGGCAGGAUCUUGGCAGGGCGGGAGCCAGGCAUCACCACUGUGCAGGUCCUCUCACCUCUCUCUGACUCCAUCCUGGCUGAGAAGACAGUAAUUGUCCUGGAUGACCGAGUCACCAUCACGGAGCUGGGUGUACAGCUGGUGGCUGGCCUGUCCCUUUCUCUGCAGCCUCAUAAGGCAGACAAGAAGGCCAUUGUCUCCACAGUGGCUGCCCAGGAUGUCCUGCAAGCCCCGCAGCAGGAAGCCAUAGUCAGUUCCUGGAUCUUGUUCAGUGAUGGCUCAGUGACACCUUUAGAUAUUUAUGAUCCCAAGGAUUUCUCGUUGACCGUUUCCUCAUUGGAUGAAAUGGUGGUGUCUGUCCAGCCAAACCUUCAGACCAAAUGGCCAAUUGUGGUUGCCGAGGGUGAAGGACAAGGGCCCUUGAUUAAGCUAGAGUUGUCGAUCAGCGAGGCUUGUCAGAAGAACAAGAGGAAGAGUACUCUUGCUGUGGGCAAAGGAAAUGUCAAGGUCCGGUUUGAACCUGGGAUGCAUGAGCAGCAAGGAGGCAGCAAUGACAUUGGGGGAAUAAACCGGGAAUACAAAGGCCACCUCAGCAAUUCCAUAGAGCGUGAAGGAAGCCAGGAGCGAGCAGCCCAGGAGUGGUUCCAACAUGGUGCAUCAGUUGGCCGUGAGGACAGGACCAACAAAAGCACAACCCCACAAUCUCCCAUGGGAGGAAAGCUACUUAAAGGUGGAGCAGAUGCCUUCACAAGCUUCCCCACUCAAGGGAAGUCACCAGACUCCAAUAACCCCGGUGACCUCACGAUGACCUCUAGGGGUUUAACAGAUUUGGAGAUUGGCAUGUACGCCCUACUCUGUGUCUUCUGUCUGGCCAUCUUGGUCUUCCUGAUCAACUGCGUGGCAUUUGCCUGGAAGUAUAGACACAAAAGAUUCGCAGUGAGUGAGCAAGGCAACAUCCCCCAUUCCCACGACUGGGUCUGGCUCGGGAAUGAGGUAGAACUCCUGGAGAACCCCGUGGACAUCACUCUCCCCUCGGAGGAGUGCACAACCAUGAUUGACAGGGGUCUGCAGUUUGAGGAAAGGAACUUCCUGCUGAAUGGCAGUUCCCAGAAGACUUUUCAUAGUCAGCUGCUUAGACCCCCUGACUAUGUGUAUGAAAAAGAGCUGAAAAAUGAACCUAUGAGUUCCGGCCCAAAGAGGAAGAGAGUCAAGUUUACUUCCUACACCACCAUCCUCCCCGAGGAUGGGGGCCCGUACACCAACUCCAUCCUGUUUGACAGUGAUGACAGCAUCAAGUGGGUCUGCCAGGAUAUGGGGCUGGGGGACUCUCAGGACUUCAGAGACUAUAUGGAAAGACUACAGGACCAGAUGUAAAGUCCUUUCUUAAGUUCGUAUUCACCUUUAUGCCUUCUGUUUUCUGAAUGGUGGAACAGUGGGUUUGAUCAGCAAUAGGGGGUGACUCAACCAAGUGUCAGAGUUGGGAGUCUGGAGGGAUCCUUGUAAGUGGGUAUCAGCAGUCCGGAGAGCUUGGGAUCAAGCUGGGCGAUGCCUAAAAAAAAAAGUGGCUCCUGGGGACAGGAGACAUUCAGAGGCAGCAGCCUAGAGGCAGACAGGACCCCACAGACACUGUUAGUCACCUCACCACGACCAAUGGCCGUGUGUAAUUGGGAACGUCCAGGAUGGCGAUUUUUCUAUUCCUAGCCCUUUUAAAGCACAGUGGACACUCAUUGCACGUGGCCUGAGUUCGGAUCUCCGUGGUGGAAGAUGACUGAAUGUAGCUUCCUUAGCUGUCAGGAGUGAGGCUCAUUGUUUUUAUAUACAUCUGGACUCGCACCUGUUCUUUUGACCUUACAUUUUUUGAGGGGGAGGGGUUGUUUUGGAAACACAUAAAGAAGAGUUAUGUUUGAUGUUCCUAUGAGUUUUAUUCCUUGGGCCUCAUCAUGUCCUGCCAUUUCUGGUUCUUCACACAGGAUGUCUUUAUUUUAAUUGUAAUUUUGCUGCUGGGGACAGUGUUUAAGAAACAUAUACUCAUGCUUUGUCUUCUUCUUGUUGUUGGACUUUCUCAUCUAUCUCAACAACAGGAGUCUCACUGGAGACCCAGAAGAGAGGGCUUUUUUAAAACAACAAAACAACAACAACAAAAGAACAUUUUACACGUGAAGUUUAACAAAUAUGGAGAAAAGUUGUGUCACAAAUAUCUGUUUCAAUGUCUGCUUGUUAGUUAUUUGUGGAUCUCCUGGGUUAGUACUGACGGCAGAGAGACUCCAGGAUCACAGUGUGGAUGUAAGUCCUCUGAGCGCAAUACAAUGUAUUAUUCAAACUAACAUGAAAAGGAUUGGGGGACUGGUGAGAUGGCUCAGUGGUUGAAAGUACUAGCUGCUCUUGUAGAGGACCUGAAGUUCAGAUUACAGCAUCCACAUGGUGGCUCACAAUCUUCUCUAACUCCAGCUCAGUGGGAUCUCAUGCCCUCUUUUGGCCUCUGUGGGUACUACACUCAUCUGCAUAUACAUACACAUACUAAAAAAAAAAAAAAAGAUAACCAAAUGUUUUAAAAAGUCAUGAUUGAUCUGCAUGACAAAGAAAUAAAAAAACACCUUCAUAUUAAACUCUCCACUUUGCAGAUUUAAAAAACAAUGUUUCAAUUUAGCAAUAUAUAGAAGUAAUCUAUUCAGUGACUGAAAAGAAAAACCUCAAUUGUCACUUGGCAGAGGAGAAACUAUCUCAGGCAUCUUUUGGUAGAGAAAGCAAUGAUUUUCCCAAAUUCAUAAUAAUAAAUGACCGUCCCUGAUCCCAACAAUAAGCUGUUACAAAAAACAAUGGUAUUAAUUUUUUUUGCAUAAUUUUCAAUAAAAGUGCUAAUUUACAAGCAUCAUAAAUAUUCUCAAGAAAGGCAGUGAUUUUGGCUUAGCAAUAUAUGACUUUUUAAAAAUCAUGAUGAUGACAUAACUAGAAAAGCAGACACUUGACUAGGACGUUUCAUUGUGAACUCACUAAGCCAUUGUCAGCCCUCAAAAAUGGAAUUUUUAAAGGCUCAGGGUGUGGGGGUGGUAUCACUGAUGUAUAAUGGCUGCUAUCUGAAUCUUUCAGAGGAGGCUUUUCUCAUUCCUCUGCUCUCAUUUUGUAUGUGUCCAGGAUGGAAACAUGACAGCCAACCCUCCUGUAGAUUACAGGGCAGCUGAGAUGCUCUCCCUGCCUCUCCCACCCAUGGCACUGCAAUUUGUUUACAAACAGGCUGGGAGUGCAGGCACUAUGUGGUGCCCUCCAGAAGUAGGCUCACUUGCUUCUUUGUUUAGAAUGGCCCCUAAGAACAGAAGCUAUUGGGAUCCGUUGCAUUUGACUAGAGGAUGAAGCCAGGAGAUGCAGGCAUUGCAUGAGCUUGGCUGACACUUCCUCCUGCUGAGAGCUCUCUAGUUAGCUAGCUGCUUCUGGAAAGGCUGGAGUGGGGAAGGUAGCCCCAAACAACCUGUGCAGGCCAGCAGAGUUAUAGAUAAGUCUGGCUCCUUUUAUAAGGCAUUUGAAGCCCUGUCUCAUAUCACAGAGAUAAUGGGAUCUCAUUUCUGAAAGUGAGGCGCCUCACCGGAAACAAGGGCACACAAAGCAGGCUUCCUUCUCUUGGUUAGAUGGGGCCUUUGGCUUGCCUGUGACUUAGCAGGAAGUAGGCAUUUGCAGGCUCAAAGUAGGAUGGGGAGCUGACCGUGGUCCUGAAAGAUGCCUCCCUGGAUCUGUUAGGCACAGUGAAUUGGCCUCUGUACAUUUCACUGACUUUUUGUGUUAGGACACCGUCAAUUCAGAUCAAAGUCAAGUGGCAGGUUAUGAGGGAAAUGGGAUCCUUUUAACACGUGACACACAGUUGCAUGUAUACAGACACACAUAAGCACAUGUAUCCACAUCACUCUGUGCGAGUACCAAGGAGUCACAGACUCAGUCAUUUGAUGGGAAUCAAAAGAGGCUGCCAGUCAUUCUUAGAUCCAGCUGGAACAGGCCUCAGCAUCACAGAGUCAUGGAAGCAUCUUGUGCUCUAAGUAUCGCCUGUGGGUUAUAAGCUGUGGCUAUCUCACUUGAUUUUCCACUAAUUCAGCUAUGAUGUUUGUGCUAGCCUCUAAAACACCUGAACUAGAAUUGGGGAGAUGGCAUAAACCAUCAAGCCUUAAAUCCAAUUUCCCAGGGCCUUGCAUUUGCUGGAUUUCAGUUCUCAUGGCUGAGAAUAUCCAAAUUACAACUCUUGAUAAAUAAUCUGAGCCAGAAACUCAUUAUCAAGUUCACCCCUUUGCCACAAGAAUGGUGUUUGUGAUUAGAUUCCUCCUGGGGAAGUCAGGAGAGAGUAACAGGCUGUGAGCUCCUUUGCCAAACAGAGGGAGGUUGAGACAAGAGAUAGACAAAGGUUGUGUGACCUGGAAUAUUUAGAGACAAUGCAGUCAUUGUUUCUAGGAUUUGCACGUGGUGCUUUUGGGGUCAGGGUACAGGACUCAUUAGGCAGGUGCCAUCCCAAAGGACUGGAGCUAAAUGAAAAGUGUGCUGGAUUUGAGAGACUCAUAUUCAGUGCCAGCUUUGGCCAGAAGAGCAUCCUGUAACUAGCGUCAGAAAACUGUCUGGCACACUGGCCAGGUUACAUUCCCAGCACGGCAAUUCUUAGCUGUCUAGGCAGAACGUUUCCUUUCCCAGAUAUGCAUACAGGCAAGACAUGCAUGGAUUUUAUUUUACUUCCUUGGCCACACCUAUUGACUGAAGUAACUUGUACCUCACUCAUUUAAGCUUUAGGGAGCCAUCUUUGGGUGUUCUGAUCAACAUUUUGUUGUUGUUGUUGUUUCACUCUUUGUGGGACUGACGAGAGAGCUCAGUCAGUAAAGUUUGCUGCAUAAGCCCAAAGACUGGAAUUCGAUCUUCAGCACCCACAUAAAAAUCAAGGCAUGGUGGUGUACACUUAUAAUCUCAGCCUGGGAGAUGAAAACAGGCAGGCACCCAAGACUUCCGCUCCAGCCAGCCUUGCUGAAUUGGCAAGUUCCAGGUCCCAGUCAGAGACCCGGUCUCAAAAUGAAGGUAAAUGGUGUCUGAGGAAAUCACCUGAGGUGGUUGAUACACACACACACACACACACACACACACACACACACACACAGAGAGAGAGAGAGAGAGAAUUAAAAAGAAUGGGGUUCUCAAUGAAUGAAGCUAUAUCCAUCAGUGAGGAGUCCUCCUGUCCCCAGCAGUGAGCACAGGCAGUGUUUCUGAAUCCUAUCUUCAGCCCAUUGGGUUUUCUACUCUGGUCAUCUAAAGAGGGUCACAUUUCUCCAUUCAGGUCUCUGUAAAUGACACCAUAGAUGGUUUGUAAACUGUACUUUUCUUUUCCAUCAAAACCGUGUUUGUACAAUGUGAUGCGUCUCACCUGUCACAUAGAGGAGGAUGGUGGGACAAAGUUUUGUUGAAAUACAGACAGCAGAUAUUUUUGUAUGUAAUAUAGGCAAUAUAACGAAACUGUGAACGGUGUAUUGGAAUAAAUACAUUUACAAAUAAAAGCAUGUGAAACUGUAGCUUUUAAGUGUACAGACAUCCAGCUCAACAGUAUUUAAAUGGAUGAUGGGCAAAGCACUGGGGCCUGACAUUGAAAAAUACACCAAGUUAGGAAUUCUGACCUGGAAAGGACAUUGUGGCUCAUGCUGGGAUUGUUGAUGGAAUCUUCCAGAACAUUUUGAUCUUACUCUUCAUUACUUUCUGAAUUUUUCCCUUCCCCACCCGACAUUGGAAAUAUUUCGGAAAUAAAAUGACUUCAUUUUUCAGCAUAAAGGUAUAUUCUAAUCACAGGGUAACUCAUCAUUUUUAACAUGGAAAUAAACAUUUGAACAUUCUUCAA